CUGCGCGGCCGGGCCGGCUCCGGCAGCCAUGGGGCGGCCGCUGGGCGGGUGGCUGCUGCCCAUCGGCCUCCUGCAGCUGCUGGGCCCUGCCGGCGCCUGCCCCUGCCGGGACCCGCGGCUGUGCCAGCCCGUCACGGGCCCCGCCGGCUCCGAGGUCUUUGUGUUUGAUGUGGGGAAGGAAACCUGGAAAUCCUACGACUGGUCAAAAAUUACCACUGUGGCAGCUUUUGGAAAGUACGAUCCUGAGCUCAUGUGCUAUGCCCACUCCAAAGGCUCGAGGAUAGUACUGAAAGGUGAUGUACCUCUUAAGGAAAUCGUUGAUCCUGCUAAAAGAGCAGCAUGGAUAACCCAACAGGUGGACCUCGCAAAAAAACAGUAUAUGGAUGGAAUUAACAUAGAUAUAGAGCAAGAAGUUAAUGAAACCUCCCCUGAGUAUUAUGCAUUGACAGAGCUUGUUAAAGAAACUACAGAUGCUUUUCACAGAGAAAUAGCUGGAUCACAGGUAACGUUUGAUGUGGCUUGGUCUCCAGCAUGUAUAGAUAAAAGGUGUUACAACUACACUGGGAUUGCAGAUGCCUGUGACUUCUUAUUUGUGAUGUCAUAUGAUGAACAAAGCCAGAUCUGGACAGACUGCAUUGCAAAAGCCAAUGCUCCUUACCUGCAGACUUUAGUUGGAUAUGAAGAGUACAUUGCUAUGGGCAUUGAUCCGAAGAAACUUGUGAUGGGUGUCCCCUGGUAUGGCUAUGACUAUGUCUGCCAAAACCUAUCCACGGAUCAUGUUUGUUCCCUUCCCAAAGUGCCUUUCCGUGGGGCUCCUUGCAGCGAUGCUGCAGGGAGCCAGGUGCCCUACGCAACCAUCAUGAAGCAGGUGAACAGUUCUCUUUCAGGGGUGCUGUGGGAUGAGGUACAGAAGGCUCCAUUUUAUGAGUACAAGGAUUCUGCUGGUCAAUUCCACCAGGUAUGGUUUGAUGACCCUCACAGCAUCUCUCUAAAAGCAGCAUAUGUGAAGAGCCGAGGCUUAAGGGGCAUUGGCAUGUGGAAUGGAAAUAGUCUUGACUACUCCAGGGAAGCAGUAGCAGAACAACAAACUCAAGCAAUGUGGCAAGCUCUGACACCAUAAGAACUAUGUGAACUCUUGAUUUAGAACGAUGAAAAUUGGUAACUUUUUAUUUUGAUGUACACUAUCAUGGAUUUUGACUUUAUAUAAAUAUAUUGUGAUUACAAAAACUUUAAAAACUAGGAAAAUUACAAAAACUUUAAAAGCUAGGCAAAUUAAUCUUGUUCUUUAUAUUCAAAGCUAUAUUUUCAUUAUUCAGAAAGUUCCAAUGUUGCUUUGGAACAACAAUCCUUGAAUUAGUAGGGUUUUUUUUAAGACUGCUCAUCUUUUAAAUUUUUCACAGUUACUGUAAGUUGGUAAAUGCUUGAACCCAGUGUGUAUCUGGUAACAAGUCAAAUUCAUAGAUUUACAGGGGCAGUCUCAUAAUGAUGCUUUGCUAAAGCUGCCAGGUGCAGCAAAUAUUUAUUCCUGUGGUCCAUGAUUCAGUCAGCCUUCUAACUUCCCAAACCAACCAAUAUUUUAGCUAAGUCACUCUACAAUCAGAUUAAACAGAAUACUGGAGAGACAGAUGUUGAUUAUAUGCAGCUUGGUUACUCUUCUAGAUUAAAAGAUUUUUAUGGACUGAAGAAAUUACAUAAGAUAAAGUAGUUGCUGUGAAGAUUUAUAUCAAACUUGUUAGAAAGGAAUAUUCAAUAAAGUCCAGUUUCACUGUC